CCUUCUCAUCAUCACCAUCACCUGCCAGACAUGGGUCGCUCGUCAAGUUCCAUGCGUGAGGAGAGCGGACAAGAGCCGCAUAACUUGGUUGGAAGGGAAGGGAUGCCUUCUCCGGCACGGCGGCCUCAACGACCCAGGAUCAAAUUCACUCAGGAGGAAGACGAGCUGCUCAUUGAGCUCAAGGAGAAGAGGAACCUCACGUGGAAGCAGAUUGCCGACUUUUUCCCUGGACGCAAUCCCGGCACAUUACAAGUGAGGUACUGUACAAGACUGAAGACAGAGGGCACGUCAUGGACAAGAGAGAUGGACGAAAGAUUGUUGGAUGCCUUGAAGAGCUAUGAGGACGAAAAAUGGCGAAUUGUUGCACAGCGGGUUGGGAGCGGCGUCACGCCAAUGGGAUGCUGCAAUCGCGUGUGGGAGCUGUUCAACGAUGAUCUU